CUAUUUUCUUGAUGCUCUACAGCGCUUGCUGCUAAUUCUUACGCUAACUUUUCGCUUGGUUACUCCUUUUCCACGAAGUCGUCAUCGCGUUCCUUUCAAAGACAACUUCGUUUCUCAUCUUUCUCAGUUAAUUCGAUGUUACAAAGAAAGGCUACAGUCAAUAUACGCCGGCUCGGGGCGAGCGACAAUGUGCCGCUAGUAGUGCAUCGCCGAGCCCUAGCGAAGGCUUGCCGGCCAGUUCAGCGAGCGCAAUUUCGGCCAACAUGCACAGCUCAGACGCAACCACCGGCCCCUACAAACGGCGCUGUCAACGGAAGCCAUAGCGCAACUGUUUCGCCCAGCGUUGGCGGCGCGACAGAGUCCGCAAACCCAUCUCUUACUGCCAAUCUGCUGCUGCAAUGCCCGGACCAAAAGGGUGUGAUCGCCGCUGUCAGCCAGCUGCUGUACGGCUUCGGUUGCAACAUCAUCGCUAGCGACCAGUUCUCGGACCAGACGUCGUCCAUGUUCUUCCAGCGCAUCACCUUUGACUUCUCCGACAUCGUGAUCGGCCCCGGCAACACGCCGGUGCUGGAGAGGGCCAUUGCGGAGCUGGCGCAGCGGUACGGCAUGAAGUGGCAGCUGUCGUACACCAACAAGGUGAAGCGGCUGGCGAUCCUGGUGUCCAAGCAGGACCACUGCCUGUACGACCUGCUGAUCCGGCAUCGCUCCCGGGAGAUGCGCUGCGAGAUUCCGCUCAUCAUCUCCAACCACCCCGACCUCAAACACAUCGCCGAUACCUUCGGUGUUCCCUUCCACCACCUGCCUCUGGGCAAGGAGGCCGGCAGCAAGCAGCAGCAGGAGGCCGCCAUCGAGGCGCUCAUCGCCUCGGAGCGCAUCGACGUCCUCAUCCUUGCGCGCUACAUGCAGGUGUUCUCGCAGGAGUUCUGCGAGCGGCACUGGGGACACACCAUCAACAUCCACCAUUCCUUCUUGCCGGCCUUCGAGGGCGCGCGGCCCUACCAUCGCGCGCAUGAGCGCGGCGUGAAGAUUAUCGGGGCGACUGCGCACUUUGCGACGGCUGAGCUGGAUGCGGGGCCGAUCAUUGAUCAGGGCGUGACACGCAUUACACAUCGGGACAGUGUUGACGACAUGAUCCGCAAGGGCAAGGACCUGGAGCGGCUGGUGCUGGCCAAGGCAGUGCGAUGGCACCUGGAGGACCGAGUGAUGGUGCACGGCAACAAGACGGUGGUGUUCGAGGACUGAGGGGGGAGAGGAGGGGAGGGGUGAAGAGGGGUGUAGAGGGGCAGUGGAGGAGAGGAGGAGGAGGAGGAGGAGAUGCAGUGAAAGGGUAAACGUGAGGCACUGGGAGGGAGGGGUGCGCGGCGAUAUUCAUGUGACUCCUGGAGACGGGGUCAGGGAGGGUGCUGCACAUGAACAUGAACACAGGCGCGCGGUACGGAUUCGUGCCUGGAUGCUUGUAUGAGGUGCCAACGUUGCGACCCUUUACCCCAUUUGAUGGUGUCACUUGACAUGCAGCUGAGAAGAGAACACAUGGUGGCUUCGAUGGGGCUAUGCGCAUGCUCGACAGCAUGCUCCUAGUACUCGGGUGUACCGCUAGGAACACUAGAUUCAUUUGUUAGGGGAGAAUGGGGACUGCCUCUUCAUGCGCGCUCGUGGAUUCAUUGCUCCCGGAAAUCCCCCGGAGAUUCGAGGAAUGAUAGGAGGAGGAGGCUGUAGCUGAAGUACGGUAGUAGUCCUUGACCGGGGAAGGUCGCAUCGAGAACUGUUGAGCGAUGUAGUGCGGGUAAU